GUAAAGCAUUCAUUCGCUUCGAAAUCACAAUAUUUUUCAUCAUAUUCUUCCUGACAUCGAUCCACAGUAAUUACAAUCGGAUAGCUUAUCAUUCAUUUCAAAAUCAUGUCUAAUAAUAUCACUAUUAUGUCUUCCGGGGUUGAGAGGCGUCCCCUAUGCAGAAAACCAAGAUUAAACGGACAUCGUCACAAGGGCGUAUCGUCCAGUCUUCAACGCGCUCUUAAAAUUUUCAGGAUAGAAGAGUUGCCAGCAGAUGUCUGGAUAUAUAUCCUAGACCAAUUACCAAUUUCAUCAGCGGCCGCUGCUUCGAUUUGUUCCAAAAAUAUCCGAGGGAAAAUGGGAGAUAGAUAUUUGAGGCUUCUGGUCAACCGGUCCGAUGAAAUGAUACUCUUCUUGAAGCUUCUGGCUAAUGACUUGCCAAAUCAUAUUGCUUGUAAAUCUUGCCUCAAACUUCACUGUAUGGAUAAUGCACUAUCGUUACAGAUUGGCUAUAGAAUCGUUAAACCUUUUGACACAUCGAAUAUGAGGGAGUUCGAUCGUGUUGUGAUUGAAACCUCGAAUCAUCUUGACAGAGACAUUAUUCACAAUCCUCAUCGGCGAAUGAACAAUAACAAUCUUGGACGGGACUUCAAUACCGCAAUUUGGGAAAUGGCCAUGAAACGAUAUAAUUUAGGACAAGACUCUGCCAGCUUGCUUAACAUCAUGUCAGGUAUCACCUCAAAUGCUGAUUGUUUCUUGUCACUUGACUGGCAACAGCCUCGUGUAGAUUAUACCAUAGCCCACGGCUUCAUGAUUCAACGGGUGCAAAGGAUUUCCAUUGUGGAUCCCAUGUUACUUUCUUUCCGAAACUGGGUACGCUUUGAUAUUUGCCAGCAUUGGGAUAGUUUUGGCGACCAAAAAGGUGCUCAUAUCAAGAAUAGGGGAAGAGGAUCAGCCGCUGAAGCAAAUAUUCAAGCUGGGGGUGAUUCUGGAUUAUGGCGAUGUACACAAUGCUGGACGGAAUUCCAAAUCAACGUUGAAAAGUCUGACAACAUGACAGUCAUGAUGUUCACGCGGUGGAAAAAUUGGGGCGUGAAGCCAGACAAGUCUGACAAAAACUUCAUGAGACAUCUAGGGCUCCUAAAACAGCCUCGGACUCAGACACAAAGGCAUGAAGAACAGGUUUUGGCAAAUGCUUCCGAAACUAUGAUGGAAUUUCAAAAGGAGGUCACUGGCUUAGCAGACCUGUCUCCUUUAUCGAAGGUUUUUAAAGACGUGGGCGAGUUAGUAUCGUCGCCAAGUUUUAAAAGGAAGGUUCUUGAAGAACACGAGGAGAAGCGCAGUGUCAAUUCAACGAGAUUUUUAGAUUCAUGGGAUUGAAGGGACCUCGUAUAGAAUAACGGGUAGCUAUCUUGGCGAUAUAUAGCUCGAAAGGAUUUGGUUCGGUUGAUAAUGGGAAAAGUAUCAAUUUAUCUAUUUUGAGGAUCGAUAAGGUCUGGGAGAAUUUUACUCUGAUGGAGAAGCAUGUGCUCUGCAGGUUGCAUAGGAAGGCAUGCUUUUCUGCGUUACAGACGUGUAUA